AUGAAAAAUGGCAAUUGCCAGAUAAUAAAUUUUGAUAUCUAUUCAAAUUUUCCAACAUUAAUGGAUUUUUCAAAUAAAUCAUUGGAUUUAUGUAAAACCUAUUCAAACCAAGCAGACCAAUUACUGAAACAAUCAAAACAAUCAUUAAAAAAAUACAAUAACUCACUUAGUAAACUUCAUUUAACUAUUAAAGAAACCAAUAAACAAAUAAAUAUUAUAAAAGAAUCAAUAAAAUCAUUUAAUGAAAAAAAUAAUACCUUUUUAAAUGAAUGUACAACAUUAAUAAAUUUUAAACAACAAAUUUUCGAAACGAUUGAUUUCAAAUUGGAAAUAUUAAAAAAAAAGGUUUUGGAUAAAGGAUUAGUAUUUAAAAAUAAACAACAAAACGAUAAUAAUUUAAAUACUUUAUAUGAUUUUAUAGAUACAGAAAGUUUAGAGUUAAUAAGAAAUCAAUUUUUACAAGAGGUAAAUGGCUUAAAUGAUUUAUAUGAAAGGAUUAAUCAAAUUCAAGAAACUUUAAAUAACGAUAAUAACGAUUUAGAGAUUCAGUUUUUAGAAUUACAAAAUGAAUUUAAUAAAGAAAUUCAAGAUAAUAGUAAUAAAAACAAUAAUGAUCAUAUAAUAUCUCAACAUAACUUAUAUACCACUAUAAACAAUACAUUAAUAAAUAUAGCGUCUCAAUGCGAUUUUAUAACAUUUUUUAAACCACCACCACCACCACAACAACAACAACAACAACAACAACAACAAGAUUUUAAUAAAGAUAUUAAUAAUAGAAAAGAACAAAUUCAAUUAUAUUUAGCAAAUGCUGCAGAGAAUCUUUUAUUAUUAUCAAAGAAUGCAAAAGAUUUUGAUGAAAAAUUUAAAAGAAUUAAUCAUCUCUAUUCAUUAGCUUUUAUUUUAUAUGACAAAUUAUCAGGAACCGUAUCAAAUGAUUUUGGUAAUAGUUGGGAAACUUUUGAAAAACUAUGCUCAAUUUUCGAACAAAGAUAUUCAGCUGCAAAUUAUUUUUUAGGAGAAUUAAGCAGUUUAAAUAAAUGGUAUGAAUUGUUUGAUAAUUCCUAUGAUAACUUAUUAGAAGAAGUUAAAAGAAGACAAAGGGAAUUUUUACGACAAAAAACUAUAGCAGAACAAUUUGAAUUGGAAUUAAAAGAACAAUUUAAUUUGGAAUUACAAAAUCGUAUAAAUUUUUAUGAUCAAUAUGGUAAAUUUUUACCUGUUUCAUUAUUUUCAACAAUAUCUGAUCCUCCAAUUCAAUUUCAAAUUAAACAAAUCGAAGAAACUGAUAUAUUUCCACAACAACAACAACAAAUAGAACAAAAAGAAAAAGAAAAAGAAUAAAUAAAUUAAAUUUUAUUAAAUUUAUAAAAAAAAUAAUUUAUUAUUAAUUUAUAUAUAUAUUU